AUAAAUUCUUCAAUUUCUCGACCAGUGAAACAAUUCCGCCCACUCUACUCACCAAACCAAACCAAACCACAGAGAUCAAUUACCAACAACCCCAAUCCCAAUCCCAAUUCGAAGAACGGCGUCGUAUCAAUGGCGUCGAACCUCUCAACCAACCAUUUCCUCGGAGCUCCGUCCACCUCUGCCGGAUCCGCUCGCCUCGCUUCCCUCCAAUCGCCGCCGCCACAGAGCCUCCAGCUCCCUGCUCGCCGAUCCCAAUCCAAACGCUUCGAAAUACAGGCCUCCGGUAGCACUUAUGGAAAUUACUUCCGUGUUACAACAUUUGGAGAGUCUCAUGGUGGUGGUGUAGGGUGUGUUGUUGAUGGAUGCCCGCCUAGACUUCCCCUCUCGGAAGAAGAUAUACAAGGAGAUCUUGAUAGAAGGAGGCCAGGUCAGAGCAGAAUAACCACUCCUAGAAAAGAGACUGACACUUGCAAAAUAGCUUCAGGGAUUGCUGAUGGGUUCACCACUGGAUCUCCAAUCAAGGUAGAAGUGCCCAAUACAGAUCAACGAGGAAAUGACUAUACUGAAAUGUCACUAGCUUAUAGGCCGUCUCAUGCAGAUGCAACUUAUGAUUUCAAAUAUGGUGUUAGAUCGGUGCAGGGUGGUGGUAGAUCUUCUGCAAGAGAAACCAUUGGGAGAGUUGCUGCGGGAGCUAUCGCCAAGAAGAUUUUAAAGCAAUAUGCAGGGACGGAAGUUCUUGCGUAUGUUUCUCAAGUUCACAAUGUUGUCCUUCCCGAAAACCUUGUUAACGAUGAAACUGUGACCCUUGAUCAGAUAGAGAGUAAUAUUGUAAGGUGCCCGAAUCCCGAGUAUGCGGAAAAAAUGAUUGCUGCUAUUGAUGCUGUCAGAGUGAGAGGUGACUCUGUUGGCGGUGUUGUUACCUGCAUUGUUCGGAAUGUCCCACGGGGACUUGGUUCUCCUGUUUUUGAUAAGCUUGAGGCAGAAUUGGCAAAAGCUGCUAUGUCACUACCUGCAACAAAGGGAUUCGAGUUCGGCAGUGGAUUCGCAGGUACAUUUAUGACUGGUAGUGAGCAUAACGAUGAAUUCUAUAUGGAUGAACAGGGACGAAUUAGGACAAAGACCAACCGAUCUGGUGGAAUACAGGGUGGAAUAUCAAAUGGAGAAACCAUCAACAUGAGAGUAGCUUUCAAGCCAACAUCAACAAUCUCUAGGAAGCAGAAUACUGUGACUAGAGACAAACAUGACACGGAACUCAUAGCUCGUGGUCGCCAUGAUCCUUGUGUUGUUCCAAGAGCUGUUCCAAUGGUGGAAGCAAUGGUGGCACUGGUGCUUAUUGACCAAUUAAUGGCACAAUACGCGCAAUGUAUGCUUUUCCCGAUUAAUCCAGCUUUACAAGAACCUCUCGAGGUGCCUACAAACGAGCAGGCACAGGUUCCUCUUUAAGUACACAUUCUCUCGACUCCCUCUCUACAUUGCGGCAUUUGCAUUUACUUGCCUAUUACGACGAAUGUCUUUAUCCUACAGUUGUGUGUGUUCUUGAAAUUAUUUACUGUUUUAGUGAAGGAGUGAAAGGCGGAAUGGCUUUAAAUUUCAUAUAAACCUAGUCUUUUUUUGGCAGAGCUUCUUGUUGUUUUUCGUCUGGCGACGUGUAAUGUGUCUUUAGGUUUUAUUACUGUUGUUAGCUUCUUUGUGUUCUUGAGUUGAUAAUUUAAAUAAUUCUCCCUUUGUUGUUUCAAAAGAAUAAAUGUAUAAUUGCACCUUGUAUCUUGCAAUUGAAUUCCUAUUUAUUUCGUCAUUUUUUUCGCC